UGGCUAUAUAUUGACUUACAUUUGGCAGGUUCAGCAUGGACCUGACGAAUUCUGAUCAGUAUAUAUACUUAAUACCAGGGGCGGACUGACAACUCAUGGGGCCCCCGGGCAAUAGGGGAUCAUGGGGCCCCUGUGUCUUUGCCCAAACUCAAAAAAGUCUAUGAAAAAAGGUACUAGGGGCAUCUCAUGGGGCCCGCUACUGACCCCGGGCCCUCGGGCAGUGCCCAAGUUUCCAAAUGGUCAGUCCACCCCUGCUUAAUACAUAAUAACAAACCUAAAACUGGACAGAGAACUGAAAAAAUAACUGUACUUCUCUUUUUGAUGUUUCAAGAUUAUUUG